AUGUUUAAUAUAAAUAAGAUUAAAUAGAAGUUUAAUAUUGAAGAUUGUUCAGAAUCAGAAUAAGAUGAUACAUAAAAGAAAUCAUCUGAUAAUUAACCAUUAUUUCAAACAUCUUUGUUUUCAUCUUAAACAUUAAAUAACAAAUAAUUAAAAAAGAAACCUUUACCAAAAUUAACAUUAUAAGAUUUCUUAACAAAUUAUGAUUAAAAUUUUGAUGAUGUUUUUGGAGAAGAAGAAGAAAUUAUGUAAAAUAAAUAAUCUAAUGAGUAAACUAAAAAAAAGAAGAAGAAAUCUUCAUCUAAUAAAAAAAAGAAAGCUUAAUCUGAUUCUGAAUCAGAAUUUAAAUCUAUACCUAAAAAAUCAAAGAAAAAGUAGAUUAAUAAUUCAGAAUAAUCAAAUGAAAAAUAAUUUGAAGAUACCCUAAUCAAAGAAUCAUAAAUGAAAAAUUAAAAUUAAAAAAAACAUAGAUUAACUAAAAUAAAUAGUAGUAAAUUUACAUCUGAAGAAAAAUCAAAUGAUGUCAAAAGAUAUGAUCCAAACUCUGUUGAUUUACCUGAAAAUACUAAAACAGAUAAAAAGAAUUAUAAAUUAAGAAAAUUUUUAUUUAAUUUUGGAUUAGAAUAAUAAAAUCCAGGUGAUGAAGAAGAACAAGAUGAAGAAGAAUAAAAUGAAGAAUAAAAAGAAAUUAUUAAAGAUAUUAAAAAUAAUAAUAAUAACAAAAAAAACAAUUAAAAAAGUGAUAGUAAUGAAAAUUAAAUAGAAUAUAGAAAAACAAGAAGCAAAAUCUCAAAUAUAUAAAGUGAAAUAGAUAUAGAUUAAAUUGAAAAUAAAAGAAAAAAGAAAUCUUAGGUGAAAUCUAAAAAUAAAGAAGAAAAAGAGAAAUAAACAUAAGAAAUAUAACCAGAUGGAGAUUAAAAAAAUAUGUUAAAUUUAGACACUUUAAAUAUGAAUAUUCAUAUACCAGAAUGUUAUCCUAAAGAAAAUUAGAAUCAAGAUCAGAAUGAUAAUAUUAAUUAAUGA